AUGGAGAGCAAAUGGAGUGGCUGGGUGCUGAUCCUUUCUGUGUGCCUGGGCUCCUACCAAGGGGUGUGCACCCAGCUGGGAACUGGGGCGCCAGGGCCCACGCCGCCACCCCCAGGGUUUACCCCCCUCCACGAGUGCGGCGAGCGGCUGGAGGACUGGUGCCGCGAUGAGUUGACGGCGGCCAAGUGUGGGGUGCUGGACCUCUGCCGGAUCAGCGUCUGGGACCAGGGCCUGGGGCAGAAGGGGAUCCGAUGUCACCUGUGCCAGAUGACAGUCUCUGUGGUGGGCAAGAUCCUGCAGGACAACCGCACCGAGGAAAAGCUGCGGCUCUUCUUGGAUAAGAAGUGCCAGUACCUGCCCUUCCAGGACUGGUCUGUCAAGUGCAAGAAGAUGGUAGAUACUGGCAUCCUUGUCCUCGUCCAGCUGGGCAAGCAAGUGCUGGCGGACCCAAAGGUGGUGUGUGGGGCCAUCAAGCUGUGCAAGCCCCAGGAGAGCUCCACGGGAGCCCUGAAAUUUCAGAAGCCAUCGCUGGCCCCCAUGGGCCCUGCUCAGGACUUUGCCGACCUGGUCUCCCCCUUCAUCACCAACGUGCCCCUCCUGCUCCAUCCCCAGGACCUGCCUCAUGGAGAGGAGAUGAAAGACGUGUGUGGGGACUGCCUGCAGCUGGUGGUUGCCAUGCAGCUGGAGCUGGAAACCGAUGCCACCUUCGCCCAGGUGCUGCUGGCCCCCGCCGAGCGGGCAUGCGAGGGCCUGGCACCCGCCCUGGCACAGCGGUGCAAGCGCAAUGUGGUUGUGUACGCGGACGUGGCUGGCCCGGUGGCCUUUUUUCUGGGGCUGGCAGGGCCGGAUGGGUGCUGGUGGGACCCGAUGAAGCUGUGUGGCCACCUGGGACUCUGCUCCUCCACCUCGGCACUGCCCCUCCACACACUGCUCACUGAGAAGGCGAUGCAGGUCCUCAACACCCUGGGACAGGAUGAGGAGGGAACCCCAGCGCUGUGUGAGAUGUGCCAGUUUGCAGUGAAGGCGGCUGAGGGCCUCCUGGAGAACAACGUGACGGAGGACCAACUGGUGAAUGACAUCGAAAAGGUGUGCUACAUGCUGCCCCACGGCAUCAUUGGGCAGUGCAAGGACUUCGUUAACUCCUAUGGCAAAGCUGUGGUCAUCAUGCUGCUGGAGGCCACUGACCCAACUACCAUCUGUACCAUGCUGCACUGCUGUCCCCGCAGCGGGGACACCCACCGAGGUGAAGAUGAGGGGACCUGGCUGGCAGUGGGUGCAGGCGCCUUCUGCAACGUCUGCCAGAUCGUCAUCACCUAUUUCGAUAACGAGCUGCUGAAGAAUGAGACACUGGCAGAGCUGGGUGAGGUGCUGGAGAAGGGCUGCGAGCUGCUGCCCACGCCUCUCACUGACAAGUGCGAGGCCCUUGUGGUGCUGUAUGAGCCAGCAGCCGUGCGGCUUCUCGUGCAGAUGAUGGACCCCACCUAUGUCUGCACUAAAAUAAGAGCCUGCGAAUCACCCAAGGAGGAUCUCUUGGGCUCAGACCCCUGUGCUUGGGGCCCACAGUACUGGUGCAAGAACAUGGCCACGGCCAUUGAGUGUCACGCUGUCAAGCACUGCCAGCAUCACUUAUGGAACUAG